UGAGGGAGCCCAUUUAAUGUCUGAGAUUAACAUUUAGUGAAACCAAACAAGCGUGAUUAAGGGGUUGAUAUCCUCCUCGUAUUUGAGAUCUAUUGUAGUGCUGCCAAUCACUAUUGGAUGCCUGAAAUUCACAACACCACCUCUUGAUCGAUUUCAAUCUUCUUCCCCAAUUUCAAUUUAGGUUUUCCUAAAACUUCAAAUUCACUCAAAUCAAGUUUCGAAACUCUGUAAAUCUUCAAGCUUUUGGAAAAUUCAACAAUGGCGGAUGGAGUUUGGGGUCGACAGGGACCCUUGUAUACGUCUUCUGGCAUGCUUAAACGCCCUCGCAACGAUUACGAGCUGCCUCCUUCACGGAUAACACCUGCACUUGAUAUGCGUGACUAUUUAAUACGAGACGAUGAACGAGGAGGACCCAGGGUUGCAAAGGACUCACAAACACUAGGGUCAGCGUAUGACCGUUAUCUCCAAAGAACGGAAGUUCCAUCCUACAAUGCUGGAGAAGCUAGUACAUUUCCAGGAGCUUCAUUGGGAAGGGGUAUUUCAGUGGGAGAACCAUCUUUAUUGGGCCGCCCUGGAUCUAUGGCCCCAGAUGCAGCAUCAAAUGGACGAGAUGUUGGAUUUGGGGGUCAGCUGCGAGUUGAUACGUUGGCCAGACCUGUACGCGAAACUGUACCUCUUCCUUCCGACGCUUCAAACACUCUAUAUGUCGAGGGACUUCCUCCGAAUAGCAGUAAAAGAGAAGUAGCUCAUAUAUUUCGCCCCUUUGUGGGGUAUAAAGAAGUACGAUUAGUGACCAAGGAGUCCAAGCAUCGCGGAGGAGAUCCUCUCAUCCUCUGUUUUGUGGAUUUUGUUGAUGCAGCCUGUGCUGCUACAGCUUUAAGUGCCUUGCAAGGUUACAAGAUGGAUGAAGAUGAUCGAGAUUCUGCUUAUCUACGCAUACAGUUCUCUCGGCACCCUGGUCCUCGAUCUGGUGCUGGAUCUCGUGGGAGGCAUUAGUGAAUAAGAUGGGGCAAGUGCGCUUUUUCUUAAUCAUGCUCCAAUUUGGUGGUUUAUUUUGCCCUAUUGUAUCAUGGUUCUAUGCCUGCCUUAAAGGUUAUAGAGCAUGCUGGAAGAGAUGAGGAAAAGAAGAUAAAUAUCGGCAUCUGGAUUGAAGUGGCGUAGAUCUGUUAGCCUUUACUUCAAUUUCUGGCAUCCGCUGUGUGAUGUGUAGUUUACGGCAGGUUUUUGUUUAAACCUGAGUGCUACUUAUCUUAGUUAUAUUACCGUAAAUUAAUAGCUAUAAAUCCAACGAAUGCAUUAGCUCAGCUAUUUCCUAAUUGAGCGUAUUAUUAAGGUACUAUUUCAAGGCUAGCUACUUGGUCGGAGAUAGCUAAUUCUUAUGCUCCAAACAUGGUUUUCAAAAGAUGCAAAAUUUGAUGAUACGCUA